AUGGUCUCGCGUCGCCGCUCCGUCUCUAGCUCCAGCUCGUCUUCCUCUUCGUCGUCUGACUCUGGGAAGUCCGGCAAAAGCCAUAAGAAGGACAAGAAGAACAAGAAGCAUGGGAACCACUCCCAGUCUGGCCUGUCUGGCACUGCCCUAGGCAGUGGUGCCGCUUACGCCGCAAGCUCUCAUCAAGGUAGCUCAUACGGUGCACCCACGAUGCCAAUGCCCGGCCACGGCUUCCCAGUCCCCGCGCACGAUAUCAAAGGAGAGUCUGCGCCGCCCCCGGCGUACUCCACGCGCCCAGACCAGAUGCCGCCGCCAUCAGGAUAUCGCAUCCCUCUCACUACGGAUGGACCAUUCCCCGAUCCGACUGCCGCUCGUAACGCGCCUUUCGUCGAUUCCGACGGGCGCAACCCGAUCUUCGUCGGCAGCGCGCUGAUGGGGAAGUCCGUUCACCCAUGCAAGAUUAGCCCCAUGCUGAACCCGCCUUGCCGUGUGCCCUGGGGUGGCGGUGAGCUGGAGCACAAGGGGCGCUAUGAUCUCCUGCCGUUCGACCCCGCGACGAUGGAGUGGGUGCGCACUGGCCAGGGGCGCAUUCCUCCUGGACGUCGUCCCGUCGAGGGCGGAUACGAGGAGGAUGGGCACAAGCUGUACCAUGCCGCGGCCAACAUGAACGGGGUCGUUGUGCCGGGCAAGACGGCCGAACGGCUCGGUGGCGCGCACAUCCCGUAUGGUGGUGGGGAGCAUGUCAUUCGUGACAACUACGACAUCUUGUGCUGGAAGUUCUAG